UAAAGCACCAGAGACUUCUCUUCUCCUUCAACCACGGUUUUCCUACUCACUCCCUCGCCUCUCGCAGUUCAAGCCGGAGGAAAGCACAGACACCUUCGCCACCAGCCUUAGCUGCCAUCUCCUCCUCCUACAGCCUCCUUAGCGCUGCCACCUUGAGCUUGAGAUUUCCUUUUCUUUGUUUAUCAAAUUUUUGCAGCAAUGGCGACGGAUCAAAGGAAAAGGACAAUGGAUGCAUUGGAGAGAAGGUUUGCUGUUGCAAAAGCGGAAUUGGUUCAACAACAGCAAAAGAAACACAAAGUAACACACCAUGAGGGACAUAGGAAAGAAAAUAACAAUGCAUCCUCUACUUCAUUGCAUCGAGCGGAUGCACCGAAGACUCCUUCCAGUAGCUUGUCGAAGAAAGGGAGUUCUUUUUUCUUCGGCUACACUCCAUCUCAAGAUCCAGACGAAAAUGGCUUAGCAUAUUCACAGCUCCCCCAAGCUGUACACGAAAACCUGUUGACGACUGGCGUCAAGUUUGAGAGUAAAAAGGUGAGUGUGGUCGACAAGAUUUUGCACGAGCUUUUUCAGCACGGUGAUGCUUCUCAGAAGUACAUGCAGGGAUCCAGAAACAUAAAGAUUGAUAACUGGAUCCUUCUUGAUAAUUAUGUACCAAGCAAAUCUGCUGGUUCUCAGACUAGAGCUUCACAAUCCAACCCAAAGCAUUCGAGAAGGCACAUGUCUAUGAAGCAAUAUAAAAAACUUGGGAUGUUCAAUUUGCCUCAAGAUCUCCAAAAAUUUGAUGUUUAUAAGCCAAUGCAUGAGAUAUGGAAAGACUAUAUGAUGCAGCUUCUCAAGAAAACUGGGAGGAACGAGUUGCCCAAAUGUCUUCUGAGUGCAGAUCUACAUGGUGCUGCUAUUCUAGUUGCUGACUGUAAGAUAAAAUCAUUCACCGGAAUUAGUGGUAUUAUGAUUUGUGAAACUGCAGAAACAUUUGGGAUAAUCACACAAGACAACAAAUUGAAAGUUGUGCCCAAAAAGUUGUCUGUUUUUAUAUUUCAAAUUGAUUGCUGGAAGAUCACAAUGCUUGGGGACAAACUCUCCUCAAGAAACUCUGGCUUGUGAUUUACAUAUUGCUCAUUUCAUCUCAGUGAAUGGGGAUGAUGUGCACAAUGCGAAGGUCUAGGCUGAAAUCAAACUCCCUGGUCUGAAUGACAUGUUGAUGACUAGCACUUGGCCUGGCUUUGUCUAUGUGGCUCGAGGUCGGAGGAUUGAAGCCAAGGAUUUUGUGUGAGCUCAGAGCGUGAAAAAAAAAAGAUUCUGGAUCCAAGUCAACAAAGCCACGACUGGAGCCUUUUCAUCAUGUUCAUGACUGUCAGGUAUUGCAGAAAGACGGUGCAUUAUUCCUUGUGUAAAGCACUGUGAGGAUCAUAAG